AUGUUUGAAGACGAGGACCAGCCGCCACCAUACUCUUCCAUCGCCCCUGCGGAAUCUGUUUCAUAUUCCUCUGACACCACGCAGAGCCAUGUAUACGUGCCGCAGAGUUCGUCCCUCUUCUCCACGCAACUAUCUGGUCUCCGUGGCCAGAUACUAGAGGAACAAGCCGCUCGGUCAUCCGCCCGCGAUCAGCAAGAUAUCGAGACGCUAUCUCUGUUGGUCCCGCACAUCGAGGUUCUUCUCGAUUCCAUAGCGUCCUACAGUCCACCGCCGACGCUGGUGGAGGCAACCCUUGUGCCGGAUGAAGCCAUCGGGAGGGGAUGGGUGUUUAGCGACAAUGAGCAGAAACAGAGCGGCCAAGUGACGAAACUGAUACGCGUUGAGAGACACCUCAAAGCAGAUGGCGAUAAGAAACCGCAGCAUCAUUCAGCGACUUGCACAUCAGAGGCGGGCGGCCCCAAGGAAUUUGAUGAAUGGGGCCGUUGGUCCGACGACGACGAGCAGCGCAGCAUAUCGGGGCCCCAGGACGAAUUGUGGUGGUCAGACGAAGACAUGGCGAAGCGGUUAGCCAAGCAUCUCGAGCCAGCUCGUGCAACUGCGUCUGUUGAUCGUCAAACGGUUCGGGCCCAGGUGGAGCGGAACAAGGCGACCACGAUGGCUGGCCGUUGGUCCAUGUUCAAGAAGGACGAACCAGCCAAGACGGCGGCGCCGACUGCCUCUCCAUCUUUGACACCAUAUCGGAAACCUUUGGAUGACGUUUGGAUGACGGUGAAUGCGGAAGAAGCGACGUUUCGAAAACAGAGCGAGAUGGGUAUCUGGGAGAGCCGGACGGGUUGGGGGCUAGUGGUGAGGGUGAACCUGCGGCGGCUAUGA